GGCACCACCACCAGUAAAGAGGAGGUCACAAGGGCACGUGGGUUGCAGAUUCCCUCUCUCUUUCUCUUCGGGUUCUGAUAAUAAAAACUACUGAGCGACUUUCCAGUAAUACCGUUGAGUCCCAACCUCCCUCAUCCAGCUGUGCAAUAGCUGUCCAAUCUCCCCCCAUGUGACCCCACUGCACAUCCACAAGGGGAGGGAGAUGGAGAGAGAGAGAGAGAGAGAGAGAGAGAUUGUUCCUGAGAGAUUUAUCAUCAUCAACAAGCACAGAUCGAAAAGGGGGGGAAUUUGAUAAGAAUAAGAAACCAGAGCCCCUUGAAAGACUAUGAUGAUGUUUUCUUCCUGUUGGUGUCCUUGCUUUUCUUCUGCAGCAACGACAUUCUCUCUCUUUUGAGUGUAUUUAUAUGGAGCUCCCUUAGAGAUCAUCAUUUGGUUUGGUUCUUUGUGUCAGUUGAAUUUCAUUCCCUUUUUCCAGUUCCCCUCAAUCAGUGUCCUUCCUGAUCCUAAACAAAACAUCAAGCACACCACCCACGUAACCUUUCUUAGGGAUUGGUGUGGUGUGUGUGGCUUCUCUUUUCGUUUUCCCAGUUUUGGUCCUUAAAUUUUUGGAGAAUUUGCGACCAAAUUUGAUCAGUUGGGUUGUCUUGCCGUUAGCAUUUGCUGGAUUGUGGGUGGCAUUGUGGCAUUUUGAUUUAUACAAUGGCACAAUUGCCUCCUAAGAUCCCAAACAUGACCGCCAAUUGGCCUGACUUCUCUCUCCACCACCAGAAGUUCCCCUUCAUGGGGUCUCAUCAAUCACCCCCUGUCCUCAAUCCGGCCGCCGCUGCCGCUGCCCAGAACAACAACCCUUCUUGGGUUGACGAGUUCCUUGACUUCUCAGCUGCACGCCGCGGGUCCCACCGCAGGUCCGCGAGCGACUCCAUCGCCUUCCUCGAGGCCCCGCUGCUCGAGCAUUGCCGGAACUCGAGCGCGCCGGGGUCCGGCACCAAUAGCGGCCACAACCACCACGACUUCGAUCGGUUCGACGAUGAGCAAUUCAUGUCCAUGUUCAAUGAUGAGAUCUCCCCAUCGGCCGUGGUUGUCCCCCACACAGGGUCGUCAUCGAACCCUUCAUCACCGUCCGAUCACAACAGCAUCAACGAGGAGAAGCAGGCGGAUCAGAAGCAGCAGCAGCAGCCAAAGAAUGAGCCUGAGGAAGUGCAAAGCCCCUGCCAAUCUGACUCACCGGCCACCACUCCACCCAAUUCAAACCCGGCCAAUUCUUCUGAGAGGAUCGUUGAUCCCAAAAGGGUCAAGAGAAUCUUAGCAAACAGACAAUCUGCUCAAAGAUCAAGGGUGAGGAAGCUGCAAUACAUAUCAGAGCUCGAACGUAGCGUCAACUCGUUGCAAGCCGAAGUUUCAGUGCUGUCCCCAAGGGUUGCCUUCUUAGACCAUCAACGCUUGCUCUUGAACGUGGAUAACAGUGCUCUCAAGCAAAGAAUCGCAGCAUUGGCCCAAGACAAGAUCUUCAAAGAUGCACAUCAAGAAGCAUUGAAGAGGGAAAUAGAGAGGUUGAGGCAAGUUUAUCACCAGCAAAGCCUGCAGAAAAUGGAAAACAAUAACGGCAACAACAUUAACAGCAACAACAACAAUGCAACCGCACCAUCUCCUCCUCCUCCUCCUCCACCUUCAUCCUCUGAACCCAACAAUCCUCCAUUGGAGAACAGUAAGGAGCAGCUCCUCAGCGCUUGACUUUUUUGACUCCUGUCCCAGCUUUGUACCUUAACAUUAUUAUCAUUAUUCCCUCGACAGUCUAAUUUCCCCCCAAACAAAAAAAAAGGACACAGAGAGAGAGAGAGAGAAAUUAGCCUCCCAAGUUCUACUCUUUUGUCUCCUUGAACUUUUUUAACAUAAAAUUACUUCCUUCCAUCUAAUUGGGUAUCCAUAUCCACAUCUAUAUUUAUGGAAGAAAAGUUGGAGUUCAUGCCAGCCAGCUUUUUCCUGGUGUAUUCAUUGAUUUUUAUGUAGAAAUUCCAUGUGUUAAGCCAACUUGAGGAAGAGGGUGGUGUGUUGUGGGAAGCCUCUUGAUGGGGCUCGCCUUCUCUCUCUCUCUCCCUCUCUCUUGCUCUCCCUUUCGAUCUGAUGAUGAUCUGUGGAUUCACGUGAUGUGUCUACAUCUUGUGGGGACCGAUCAAAGACGACAUGAUUGGAGGUCAGAGACAAACACGUGCAGCUGUGAUUGAAGUGAAGAAGAAGAAGAAGAAGGAAAUGAAAAAGAAAAUGGUGAUGCUCUCUGGAGUUGUAAAAUUAAAAAAAAAAGG